AUGCAUCCUACAUCUUUGGCUUUGGGCAAAGGCACGCUCAAAUACGGCGGCAAGUCGGGUAUAUUGCCCAAGUUGCGUCCCAUUUUCAAGAACCCCAUCAUGCCACCUCCAGACUACGUGAAGGAGAAAGAGGCUAAACUAGAACAGGGUUACGCCAAGGGCGUCACACCACCAAAGGUGGACGGCCGUCGUGUUUCUCGUGUGCCUAAACCCAAGAAAAUUGUUCCUGUUGAGGAGCUUAUUCGCAAAAGAGUCGAGAGAGAACCCAAUGUGGACGUCAGUAAGCUAGAAGGCGACGCAUUAUGGGCUUACAAGAGAGACCAGAUCAGAAAAGAGCAUUUGCGUGAUGCCUACUUGACGGAGGCCAAGCGUUUGGAGAAGCUAGAACAGCUCAAGGCCAGAAAGCACGAGUUGGAGGAGCAGCACAAGGCUGAAGACAAGCAGCACGAGGACAGCGAGGCCACCAAGUUGACCUUGCCCACCAUCGACUCUUACCUUAAGGGCCCAAUCAUGAGACAGAGGACCCCUGAGGAGAAGGCCAUCAAGGAGGAGCAGAGAGCCUUGAACAGAAGAGUGGAAGAAUUGAAGGUUCAGGAGGCCCGUGCCACCGAGCUCUUGGAGUUGUACCACGCUGCUGGAAGCUUCAUCACUACCGAGGAGGAGUUGAGCGAGGCCAUCCGUGAGGCCUUCGAAGUGAAGGUUGGCCAGUUCGAGAGCAACGAGCACUUGGUCGAGGACAAGCUCUUUGGCUACAGUAAUGUUUACGCCAACACCAAGACCAACGAGCGUGCUGUCAAGGAUGCCGCAUUUGGCGAGAUCGACGGCCAGCCAGGUCUCCAAACUGUCAGAGACACCUUGAGUGGAGAGAACGAGAAGUUGCGUCGCGAUGCCCAUGCGGAGCUCAACAAGGAUGCAUGA